UGGCGGGCGGGGACCAGGACAGGAGCCCGCACCCGGCGAGCGCUUGGCUCCGCGCCGCCCUGAGAGAGUCCCUGGAGGGGGCGGGGGCCGCGCCCCGCACGUCCACCCGCCCGGGAGCAGCAGGACCCACACGACAUGCGCGUCCGGAAGGGGCGCUGAACGGUGGCGGCGAUGUCGGGGCGCGGGGCUCCGGGCCCCAGGUGCGGGCUGCUGCUGGCGCUGCUGCUGGCGCUGGGCGCGCUGCCGCGGGUGCGGGGCGUCGAGGAGCAGUCUGGGGGCGCGAGCCAAGGCUUUCAGGUGGUCAGCUUCAAGUGGCACCACGUCAAGGACCCGUACAUCAUCGCGCUGUGGAUCCUCGUGGCCAGCCUGGCCAAGAUCGGCUUCCACCUGUCACACAAGGUCACCAGCGUCGUCCCCGAGAGUGCACUGCUCAUCGUGCUGGGCCUGGUGCUGGGCGGCAUCGUCUGGGCGGCCGACCACAUCGCCUCCUUCACACUCACCCCCACUGUCUUCUUCUUCUACCUGCUGCCCCCCAUCGUGCUGGACGCCGGCUACUUCAUGCCCAACCGGCUCUUCUUUGGCAACCUGGGCACCAUCCUCCUGUACGCCGUCGUGGGCACCGUGUGGAAUGCGGCCACCACCGGGCUGUCCCUCUACGGCGUCUUCCUCAGCGGCCUGAUGGGAGACCUGAAGGUCGGGCUGCUGGAUUUCCUCCUGUUCGGGAGCCUGAUAGCCGCCGUGGACCCGGUGGCCGUCCUGGCUGUGUUCGAGGAGGUGCACGUCAACGAGGUCCUAUUCAUCAUCGUCUUUGGGGAGUCACUGCUGAACGACGCCGUCACUGUGGUCCUCUACAACGUGUUCGAAUCUUUCGUGACGCUGGGUGGUGACAAGGUGACUGGUGUGGAUUGCGUGAAAGGCAUAGUGUCCUUCUUCGUGGUGAGCCUGGGGGGCACGCUUGUGGGGGUCGUCUUCGCCUUCCUGCUGUCGCUGGUGACCCGCUUCACCAAGCACGUGCGCAUCAUCGAGCCCGGCUUCGUCUUCGUCAUCUCCUACCUGUCCUACCUCACCUCCGAGAUGCUGUCACUGUCGGCCAUCCUGGCCAUCACCUUCUGCGGCAUCUGCUGUCAGAAGUACGUGAAGGCCAACAUCUCGGAACAGUCAGCCACCACCGUGCGCUACACCAUGAAGAUGCUGGCCAGUGGGGCAGAGACCAUCAUCUUCAUGUUCCUGGGCAUCUCAGCCGUGAACCCCGGCAUCUGGAAGUGGAACACGGCCUUUGUGCUCCUGACACUGGUCUUCAUCUCCGUGUACCGGGCCAUUGGUGUGGUCCUGCAGACCUGGGUCCUGAACCGGUACCGGAUGGUGCAGCUGGAAAUCAUAGACCAGGUGGUCAUGUCCUACGGCGGCCUGCGCGGGGCCGUGGCCUUCGCUCUGGUCGUCCUUCUGGACGAGCGGAAGGUGAAGGAGCGGAACCUCUUCGUCAGCACCACCAUCAUCGUGGUCUUCUUCACGGUCGUCUUCCAGGGCCUGACCAUCAAGCCCCUGGUGCAGUGGCUGAAGGUGAAAAGGAGCCAGCACCGGGAGCCCAAACUCAAUGAGAAGCUGCAUGGCCGGGCUUUCGACCACAUCCUCUCUGCCAUCGAGGAUAUAUCAGGGCAAAUUGGACACAACUAUCUCAGAGAUAAGUGGUCCAAUUUCGAUAGGAAAUUCCUUAGCAAAAUCCUUAUGAGAAGGUCGGCACAGAAGUCACGAGAUCGGAUUCUGAAUGUUUUCCACGAACUCAACUUGAAAGAUGCCAUUAGCUAUGUGGCUGAGGGAGAACGCCGUGGGUCCCUGGCCUUCAUCCGCUCCCCCAGCACUGACAACAUGGUCAACGUGGACUUCAGCACACCGCGGCCCUCAACUGUGGAGGCCUCUGUCUCCUAUCUCCUGAGGGAGAACGUCAGUGCCGUGUGCCUGGAUAUGCAGUCCCUGGAGCAGAGAAGGAGGAGCAUCCGUGACACAGAGGACAUGGCCACUCACCACACGCUGCAGCAGUACCUGUACAAGCCCCGGCAGGAGUACAAGCAUCUCUACAGUCGGCACGAGCUAACUCCCAACGAGGACGAGAAGCAGGACAAGGAGAUCUUCCACAGGACCAUGCGGAAGCGCCUGGAAUCCUUCAAGUCGGCCAAGCUUGGGAUCAAUCAGAACAAGAAGGCAGCGAAGCUGUACAAGAGGGAACGUGCCCAGAAGCGGAGAAAUAGCAGCAUUCCCAAUGGGAAACUGCCCAUGGAGAGCCCCGUGCACAAUUUCGCCAUUAAGGAGAAAGAUUUGGAACUUUCAGACCCAGAGGAGGCCCCGGACUACGGUGCUGAAAUGGGUGGAGGGAUCGAGUUCCUGGCAAACGUCACACAGGACACCACGGCGACAGACUCCCCCUCAGGUGACACGGGCUCCGACGUGCCGCUGACCGGACGCUCGUCCCCUCCCGCCGCCGAGAAGCCCCCGCUCCCCGCGCGGUCCCAGUGGCCGCACGCCCCGAGCCCCGCCCCUCCCGCCGAGGGCCCGCCCGCCGAGGCCCCGCCCGCCGAGGCCCCGCCCACAGCGCCCCCCGACCGCGAGCCGGGGGCGGGGCCGGAGCGCCGUGGACUGCCGGGCGCGCACGCGCGCUCGGCGGCGGCGCGCCGCGUGCACAGCCGGCGCUCGUUCCAGCGGCCGCGCGCGCGCCGCCGCCCCGCGCUGCUCAAGCUCUCGUCCCUGCCGCCUUCGUGCCACGCGCCGCCGCACGCGCUGGAGCAGGAGGAGACGCCGCUGUGACGGCCCCGCCCUAAGGUCUCCCGCAUCCGGAGUCUAGGUGCUGGGAUAGGGCCGCCAGCCGGACUCUGUGGGCUAGAAUGGGUCCCAGGGGACCAGAUGUGCCCCCGAGGCCUGGCCCUGGGAAUUCCUCGGAGCCACCUGCAGAGAGGCCCCCGCGGGCUAGAAGUGGACCCGGACCCGGGCAGGGCCUCCUCCAGCUUCUGGGAGGUCUGGGCUGGCGCCCUUGCCAGGAGACUCUGUUGUGGGUCCUUGUGCCCACCUGCCCUGGUUGUGAACUGACCUGGCGCUCGCGAGUUACCGUUUCCACCCUCACCCCCGAGUCCGGAAGGGCCCUGCGCCCCCAGAAGCCUGCCUCUGUGUUUGAGUUCUUGCCACUUUGUGUCCAUUCUCUCAUCAGCACUGCCAGGGAAACUGAGACCCAGACAAAGUGGGAUUUGCCCGUCCUGAUGCCAGCCCGUGAUUCGGGGCCCAGGCAGGGCUCUCACCCCCAGGGAGACCAGGGGCCCUGGUUCCAGGAGCAAUUUGCAGGGGUUGGGGAUGUGGGCAGCCUAGGCCCUGUGUGAUGUCUUAAUGUCCACUUACCAGAUCUUUGAACUACCUGUCACCUUAGGACUGUAGGUACGAUUGCAGAAACAUCUUUUGUUGGCUUCUCCUUUUUGUGCUGCGACCCGUCUGGCCCUGGCCCAGGUGUCAGUGUGGCAGCCCCUGGGCUCCAGGUGUGGCCCCACCCCCACCCCCACACACCUGGUCUCUGGCCUGAGCUGGCCCACCUGACCCUGCGAGACGCCCCCGCUGAGUUACAAGUUGCAGUGGCCACGUGGGCUCGCCCAGCUCCUGCCAAGGAGAACGGGGCCUUCGCGGCCGCUUAAUGGGGCCCAGACCUUCACAGGAUCCCUGGGCCUGCCCUGAGGGUGCUGUGGCACAGACCCCCUCCACCCCUUCCAGGGUCUCAGGGACAUGGCCUUGGACAGAGUCCCUCCUCCCCCGACCCCCGCCGCUGUCCAGUCCUUGGAGGGAGGGAGGGAGGGAGGGAGACCACUGUCUGGCCGUCCUUGGGGGGAGUGGUCGGGAGCGUAGGGUUGAGGAGUCUGCCACAGGGAGCCGGAAGGUGGGGGGCCUCCUGUGCCCUUGCCUGUUCCUCAGACAGGGUUUUGUAUGAGAAAGAGGCGUUUAAGGACCUCAGGGGCCUCAGGACUCUCCUCGAAGCUUUUCUAAAGGGGCCGGGCUCAGCCUGUUCGGGAAAGGAGGCUGUGCUGUUCUGCGACCGAGUCCUCAUGCUGUAGAUUCUCACAACCACCACGGGCCAGGUCUGCCAGCAGUUUGUAGUGUUGCAGUAGUGCACACGGAGUCCCUGAUGGAGAAAGUCUGUAUAGAACCUGCUGUUCGUGGCUUUGUGUUGAGAAAAACCAGGAGGAGUCCCCGUAGCAUCCCUUCACCGACACAAAGCCCAUCGAGAUCUGCGUUCCGUAAAUCACACAGACAGGAUGGCGCUCGCUUUCCCUACGCUGUGCGACCACUUUGACCAACCCUGUGAGCACGAAAUUCACCCAUUAUCUGCCCGUUAGCGAGCCCAACAGACUGCUCCCGGCCCAGCCUCACUGCUCAGCCACAGCCAUCGAUCACAUCCCCAGGAAGGCACACGCUCUGUCCACGCCCCUCGGAGAGUUCGUCUAGAGCAGGAUGGGUCCUGGCGCACUGGGGCCCCAGGGGCCACAGCCCAGCUGGUCCGGCAUCUCUAGCUGCCUUAACAACUCACCUGGACCGCUGGACCCGGAUCCGAUUCCCAGCUGCGGAGCCAGAGGCUGAGUCAGGGAAAGCGACUCAGGGGCACCCCACUCAACACCAGAGACAGUAAACCGCCUGGUGAUGCAUCUGUUUGACAAAUGUCUCAUGGCUCAGCUGUGGGCUGGUGUUUUCUGUGGUUUUCUGUGGUGGGCGGGCAGUUUGUUGAACUGCACAGGGCCAACCACAUCCAUAAGGGAACCGAAGUUCCGGGUCGGAAACCUCCCCGGCAGAAUCUCACGCGGCAGCGCUCGAGAGAGGUCUGCUGUCUCCUCUGUGGACACGGUGUUGUAAACCCUCGUGCUGUGGAUACAUUUCAUAAAUGAGAAUCCUAGCUGCCCUUGUCAUUGCAAAACAGAAUGUAAACAAAGUCUUAUGAAUGUAUUUCCUUAGGAAAACUGUUGUAAAAUUUUUUAUUGGAAAAGAAUUCCUAUUUAUUUAAUACUGAACCUUGGCCUACUUUAUGGUAGACGAAGGAACAUGACUGUAGGAGUCGCUAUUUCUCACCUCUGUAUUUUCUUGAAAAUAAUUUGGUUACAGUGCUUCUAUUCCGUGUACUAGUGGUCUUCUAUUGUGAAAGGAGAUUUAAAGAAUUUCUUUGAAGCUGGAAAUGUACGUUAAUUAGGAGUGGUGAAAAUUGUCUAUGUUAAUUUUGUGAAUGUAAAUUAAGUCAAAUUUUGUGUAACCCUGAUCACAGAACGAUGUGCCUUACAGCGAGCGCUGCCCCGGACGUGUUGGGCAGGGGCCCCAUCACAGACCCUGUCAAGCCUGCAUGAUCAAGUCUAUUAAAAAUGUUUCAAGGCA